AAAAAGUGAAUUGAAAAUUCAAAAUUUUCGAUAUGAGAUCCCCAUGCUGCCUUGUCUUGCUCACACUGUAUAACCCACAUUUGACUUGAAUGGUUUAUAACUCAUAACAUUUCCUGCGACAACUGUCAUAUUUAUCCAAACGUCAAACCAAAAGUCAUCCUCAGAUAUGUUAUUUCUUCAUCAUUAAAGGAUCAAUUUAAAUAAUGAUGUUAUGGAAGAUUUCAUUUUACGCCCUGGUCUAUACGUAAACCCAUCAGAUAUUAUUUGAUAGUUACCAUGGUACCAAUAAAGUUUAAUCAAUGAAUGAAUAGGUAUUUGGAAAAUAUUGAGAUACACAGUCAUAUGAGAUCAAAAUGGUGAGAAUAACAGAAGAAUUGGUGAGAAAAAGAUCUGAGCAUAAUGAAGGUAUUAUUGGUACACUUGAAGAACUAUCUCUCCACCAAGAAGAUAUUGAGAAGAUUGAACAUCUAAAUAAUUGGUGCAAGGACCUACAAAUUUUGUACCUCCAGGCCAAUCUAAUUCCGAAAAUAGAAAAUUUGAAUAAACUGAAAAAACUCGAAUAUUUGAACUUGGCCAUUAACAAUAUUGAAGUAAUUGAGAAUUUGGAAAGGUGUGAAUCAUUAACAAAACUGGAUUUAACUCUGAACUUUAUUGGGAACCUUGAGAGUGUUCGUUCUUUGAGGAACAAUAUUCACUUGAGAGAUGUGUAUCUGACAGGUAAUCCAUGUUGUGACUUCGAAGGAUACAGAGAUUAUGUAAUAGCUCAACUUCCACAAAUACAAAACUUGGAUAUGAAAGAAAUAUCAAGGACCGAAAGAAUAAAAGCCCAACAAAAUUUUCCUACAAUAGAAAAAAGAGUGCAGCAAUGUCAAGCCAAAUACAGAAUGUUUAGAAUGGAGCAACAGCAACGUAUGUCCAACAAAGACACUACUUGCAUAUCUGACGAAGAAUUUUGGAAUACAUCUAGUGAAAACUGUCCAGAAUCUAGAGUGGAAAUGGCAAAUCGACAAAGGAAAUCGAAGAAGAGCAAUGAGAAUAAAGAAAUAUCCAAUACUGAAAGAUCCGCAAGACUUUUUUCAAAAGAUGGCAAGCCACUCAAUAUCAAUCAGGCCAAAAUCGACUUCAAGUUCAAUGAUGACGAUCCAAAGCAGUUCGUACUAGAUAUUGCUGUUUACAAAUUUAUGGAUAGUAAUCUGAUUCAAAUCGAUUUACAGCCAAUUUACGUUAAAAUACUGAUAAAAGGAAAGAUAUUUCAAAUCGUUUUCCCAGAAGAAAUUUGCACUAACAAAAGUAUCGCACAGAGAUCUCAAACCACGGGGCAUUUAGUAUUGAAGCUUCCAAAAGCCAAUUAUGAUCAUAUUGUUGAAAAAUACAACAGCCAAUCUUUCAAGCAAAAACAUAAAUCAGAGAUGAUAAACCAUGAAUUGGAGAAGAAACACGAGUAUCUAGAAGUCGAACACAAGGAAGAUAUGGAUUUUAGUAAGAUUGUUGAGAAUCAAAAUAGGGUUAGAAACCUGUACGAUGACCCAGAAGUACCACCAUUAGAAUAUUUCUAGAAGACAGGAUGAACGACACAUCUGCUUGUCAUAAAUUGAUGGCAAGUGAAAAUGACUGUGGCAACAUCACAAUGGAUUAAUAAGUGUUAACAUUUGAAUGUAUUUUUCAUUGAACCAUAGAAAACAAUAUAGCACAAUAAAGUUGAAACAAUAAAAGUGUU